GCUGGGGCAGCGCCGCUCUGUGACAGCAGAAAGUGGCUGGAAAGGGGCGAGGCGUCACACGGUCUGCCUCCGGGAGGCAGGGAAAGGCUGAGGGACCGAUGGGAAGGCAUGAAUGAAUGAAUCUCCAUAAAGAGCCCCAAGCAGCAGGGAGAAGGAGAGAGGAGGAGGAAGGAGAGGAGGAGGAAGAGCCGGAGCAGGGCAGGCAGCAGCAGACGUGACGCCGGCAGCUUCAACUAUGAUCAGUGCAUAAAUCUACCUGCAACACAGGAUGUUGGAAAAUUACCGAGAGACAGCAACGUCCUCCCUGCUGCUUGUUGAGAAAAGAAGGAUGCACUUUCAGUUUAAAUCCUGGGCUUGGUGACCACCUGGUGGGAUCCCGAAUGCCGUGUCCAGUGUGCCUGCCAGCCCCUGAGGACAGCAACUAGGAGACAUUCAGCACUGUGGCAGUGACACACAGGCUCAGAGGAGCUGAAAAGUAGCUUUUGCUGUUUAGACUGGUGCUGUUCUUCCUUGCAUUGUGCUGGCCCCGUUUCCAACACUGAGUGCUGAGGACUUCUGCGUGGUCCAGCCACGAAGGCUUAGGAGCAGUGACAACUGGACGCUUUGAUUCUGACCAACAUCACCCAGCAGGAGUCAUGGAGCAAAGACCAGGAGUAUGAAUGAGGGAAAAACUUGCCUGGAAGCCUCCUUUCCCCACCUUACAUAUGGACAUUAGCUAUUUACAGGCGAUUUCAUCACUAUAAAAGGUUUCAUCUGCCAUCUUGGAGCUGCCUCUCCAGAUUAUCUUACACAUAAUGAAAAACCAAGGUUCACUUUAAAAUCUGGUUACUGUUAGCCAAAUUUUCCCUCCCCUUCAGUUUGGGUGACCAAACACUCAUGCUUGUAAUGUACCACUUCCAUUUUCCUCUGGCUCUCUUUGAAGUGGGGAUAAUUUUUUGAUAAAACAGCACAAGCUGCUGUGAAAGAGGACCUAGGAGAUGCUGGAGAUGGAGCUGCUAGGGAAAAGGAAGUUGUGGAGAUGCAGAAAUGCCAAGGAGAGGAGCCCUGCUGUGUGUUACACACGCACACGCAUGCGUAAUCUUGUGUUCCCUCCGUAAAUGUAAUCCACAGUUUGAAAUAACUCAUUCAGUAGAAUAACAAAAUUAGGAACUGAGUGCCAGCUCUCUUCCCAGCCCCCACAGCUGCUUUGUUUGCUUCCUUGCAGCUGCUGCUCUGGUUUAAUUUUCCAAGAUGCCAUUAGUUGGGAAAUGGAAGCAAAAAACUUCCCAGCCAGUUUGCACUUGUUUUUGAAGCUCCAGCUUCUCCUUUUAUUUUCCACCUCCCUUGCUAUGGGUUUUCAGCCAGGAUAAGGAUGCUGCUGCUCAUCAGGGCACAGGCUGCAGCCUCAGAAUUCCAGCCACCCUCUUUGCUGUUGGGUUGCUGACAGGGACCAGGGCUGGAGAAGCAGAGAUGGGUAGGAGGGGAGCAUAUCACAGUCAGGGCUGAGGAUUAGCAGGGAGAAGCAUGGAUCUGGGCUCCAGCAUGGAUACUGGAUAUCAGAGGCAAUGUGCAGGAGGAGCAAGGGGUGAGGGAGUUGUCAUUGCCCCUUUGCUGGCCUCUGUUAGGCACAAGCACCCAACAUCAUCUCAGCUGGUCAAAGCAUUCUGCCUGCUGAGAGCAGAAGGAAAGGGAAUUACAGCAGUGUCUGCAGGGCCCAGGAAACUGCAGGAAUGGUGCAGGAAUUCCCUGGGUGGCUACCAUGUCAUGGAUGUGGCCUGUUGUCAUUGUCACCAUGGUGCCACACUUCAAGAUAUUCUGACUGAGAUUAAACCAAUCAUUCCAAAACAUUUCUAUUGUUAUUCCACACUAUCUUCAUUGCCACCUUUUGCUUCAUUCUCCAGCAGCAAAAGAGACCCUCAAAAUGCCACUUUCCUGGUUGUUUUUCAUGUGAGAGUUUUGCUGGUUUAUUCCCAGGUUUUCUCAGCUCUGUGGGGGUUUAGAGGACUGGAAAAAGUGAUGUGCAAUUGUGUUACCAGGAGAAUAUACUCGGGACAGCUGGGCAAAGGCGAAUCAAGCAGGCAGGAGAGUUAAACCACGGACCCUUGUGGGAUGCUUGGUGCUGGUGUUGCUUGGGCACACCCCCACACCCACCACGGGCUGGGAUGGAGGCUCUCAGAAGCCAGCAAGAUGAGCAAUUAUGCCUUUUGUGCAAAGCAACAAGACCCACUUCUCCACUCACCAGUCAAGUCCCGAGAAUCUAAUAAAAAGGGAGAUUAGCCCCUCUUUCCUCUCUCACAUCUCCUUAAUGCUGUCAUUUUAUUCACACUUUGUAAAGCAAAUAAACCAGCAAAUUGCUUGCUUUAAUGAGCUGAAAUUAAACUCAGGCUGCUGAUAAAAUGCCAUUUCUCCUUUCUGUUGUUGGGCUGAUAGGCAAUGUAUGGAAAAUAAGAGAAAACAUACAGUGGGACACUUACUAAACGUGUUUGAGUCAUUUCCUGCUGCUCUUCUUCAUCCUCAACACCUCCAAUUAGAUGGGGGAAGCACAAAGGUGCUAUAGGGGAAGGCUACAGGGGAUCAGCCUGGCAGGAUCUGUGGGGAGUCUGUCUCUGCUCCUUGCUCAUGGAUAGUCCCACUCCACUAAUGCCCUCUGCCCACAGCCUUUCCCCAGGGAGCAGUGACAAGAACAUUCCUCUGCAAGAAAAAGGCUGGUCUGGCUCUGCAGAGCCUUCCCAAACACAAGUUUGCCCAGACAGGGUGGUUGGGUCACAAUGGGAGACAGGGGGGACUGAACAAAUGCUUGCUGAAGAGAAUAUGCCAAGUGCAUCCCUUCCUGCUGCCUGUGCUCGGCUUGGCAGGGCUUCCCUUGCCUGCAGGAACCCACAAGUCCAUGGAGGAGGACAGGGAGAUGCUGGAAUCAAGUGCCACCCCAAAGGGACAACUGGAGCAAGCCAUUGCUAUGGCUCUGCAGGCCAGGAAUGCCCUCAUCCCACACCCUUAGGGGCAAUGCACAUCCCCACAGCAUGCAGGAGGAGCUGGACACCAGGCUGCUCCCUGUGGCAGAGGAGAGCUGGCACUCCUAGAGGGAGAGUCUCCACCUGCAACACAGUGCAUGUGCUGGGAUUGUCACCCCAGCAAGAGGAGCUCGGGGCACUUUGCUUCACUCUCCCACCACCCCAUGAAGUGCUGUCAUUAUCUCACGGUACCAGAGAGGAGGCUGGAGAGCAGAGAGGUUAAUUGAGUUUUCUAACACCGGAGGGAUGCAGCAGCAGCCGUGUUUCAGUCUGGCACUGCAGCCCAUGGGGGUGGCAAGGGGGGGCACUCACCUGCAAUCUGCCAGGGAGCACAGCCCCACUUCCCUUCCUCGCUGGCUCCGAGGACUCAGCCAUGUUCAAAUGGACUUCCAGGUGCUGGCAGAGCAUCUCAGGGAAAAGGUGGCUGGAAAGUCUCAUGUGCAGAGAGCUGAUGUGAGAGAAGGUCUCAUCAUUCAUGUGAUGGAAACAUAACUGUCACCAGGGAACAGACUCAUUGUUCACAAUCCAACCAAAUAAACUGUUUUACUGCGUAUUAAUACUGGCCUGUUUUCCAAGGUAUAAACUGAAUGGUGGACAGGGGUCUCUGCAGUGAAAUAUGCUCUCCUUCCCUGCCUGGUAUUGUGGCUGGAAAAGACCCUGUUUCUCUGGGACAAGGGUCAGAGUAUACAUCUGCCUCUAAACAAUCAGCUCCACACAAUUUUCAGGUGAGCCGGGGGACUGAGAGGGGACAGCUGAACACACAGAGGCACAGGGAGAUGGGGACCAGCGCCACGAUGUGCAGCAAAAAGAAAACAAGGAGAAGUACUAUAAAAAAUGAGAGGAAGGCUUGUCUCUAAGCCUGAACAACUCCUCUGCACAGGCGCUUAACUUCAUGACUCCCUCCUCGAGAUGCCAGAGGCCUGGUGAUGUGGGACCAGCCUCAACCACCAAGGCCUUGGUAGCAGCCCCUGGCUGCUGGCUGCCGCGUACCGUGGGCACCGAGGUCUGCUUUCUCCACGGACGCUUCCCUCCCGUCUCUGAGCCAUGAGGAGAAGGGAGAGGCAAGCAAAGCUUCCGAAGGAGCACUAGCCCACACCUUGCCGGCCCCUGUCCUGUUCCCCGCUUCCAGCAGACCAGGAGCCCCUUCUCCGUGCUGCCCUUCCAGAUGGCAGGUCGCCGGUGGGCCGCGACGUCAGCCCUCUGCGUGUGCGUGGCGGCCGUGUCUCUCCUGCACGCCGGCGGGGUGCGGGCAGACUGCUGGCUCAUCGAGGGGGACAAGGGCUUCGUCUGGUUGGCCAUCUGCAGCCAAAACCAGCCCCCCUACGAGUCCAUCCCCCAGCAGAUCAACAGCACCAUCGUGGACUUGCGGCUGAACGACAACAAGAUCAAGAGCGUGCAGUACGCCUCGCUCAGCCGCUUCGGCAACCUGACAUACCUCAACCUGACGAAGAACGAGAUCUCCUACAUCGAGGACGGUGCCUUUUCAGGACAGUUCAACCUCCAGGUGCUGCAGCUGGGUUACAACCGACUGAGGAACCUCACCGAGGGCAUCCUCCGGGGCCUGGGGAAGCUGGAGUACCUCUAUCUCCAGGCCAACCUCAUCGAGACUGUCACCCCCAAUGCCUUCUGGGAGUGCCCCAACAUAGUGAACAUUGACCUGUCCAUGAACAGGAUCCAGAGACUGGACAGCAACACUUUUCGGGGCCUAAACAAGCUCUCUGUCUGUGAACUCUACAGUAACCCCUUCUACUGCUCCUGCGAGCUCCUCGGCUUCCUGCAAUGGCUGGAGGCUUUCACCAACAUGACACGCACCUACGACCGGAUGCAGUGCGACUCCCCACCCGACUACAUGGGCUACUACUUGUUAGGCCAAGGCCGGACUGGCUACCGCAAUGCUCUGAGCAUGCUCUCGUCCCUUUGCACUGGUGGCUCCUACACUGUGAUCCCUCGUUUUAUCCCUCCCAGGUACCAGGUGACCACGGUGCCCUCCGAAAGCCCCUGCUCCGAGGAGGAGUGCUCCUCCGGCGACGGCACGACGCCGCAGUUCUCCCUGUUCACGCCCAUCGGUGAGACGGAGGUGCGCCCCAACAUCCAGGUGAAGCACCUCAACCACAACUCGGCCGUCCUCACCGUGCAGAUUCCCUACCCCUUCAGCAAGAUGUACAUCCUCUCCCAGUUCGAAAAUGGCUUCUCCUCCAUGAUCACCAAGCUCAGGAAGAAGGAGGAGAACAUCACCGUGAGCAACUUAGUAGCACAAAGAGAUUACACCUACUGUGUAGUCUCUGUUCACCAGUACUCCAAGUACAACCACACCUGCGUCACCAUCACCCCCACCAGACCCAACCGCAAGGAGCCGGUGCCCACCCCUUCCACUGCCACCCAUUAUAUCAUGACAAUCCUGGGUUGUCUCUUUGGCAUGGUGAUUGUCCUGGGGGUGGUGUAUUACUGCCUGCGGAAGAGGCGCCAGCAGGAGGAGAAGCACAAAAAGGCUGCCGGCAGCAUGAAGAAAACCAUCAUCGAGCUGAAGUAUGGGCCAGAAAUGGAGACCACCAGCAUCACCCAGCUGUCCCAGGGGCAGAUACUGGGUGGGGAGACAGUGACCCGCAUCCCCUACCUACCUUCUGCUGGCGAGGUGGAGCAGUACAAGCUGAUUGAGAGCAGCGAGACCCCUAAGGCCACCAAGGGCAACUACAUGGAGGUGAGGACGGGUGAGCAGCCUGAGAGGAGAGACUGUGAGCUGUCCCUGCCGCCAGACACGCAGGGCUCUGUGGCUGAGAUCUCCACCAUUGCCAAGGAGGUGGACAAGGUGAACCAGAUCAUCAACAACUGCAUCGAUGCCUUGAAAUCUGAGUCCACCUCCUUCCAAGGGGUGAAGUCGGGGGCAGUCUCCACCGUGGAGCCUCAGCUGGUGCUCUUGUCAGAGCAGAUCCCCAGCAAGCACGGAUUCCUUUCCCCCGUCUACAAGGAAAGCUACAACCACCCUCUCCAGCGACACCACAGCAUGGAGGCGGCCCCCAAACGCUCCAGCACCUCUUCCAGUGGCUCCAUACGGAGCCCCAGGUCCUACCGCUCCGAGGGAUCGGGCCACAAAUCCGAAGCCAAAUACAUUGAGAAGACAUCCCCCACCACCGACACCAUCCUCACUGUGACACCGGCCGCAGCCAUCCUGCGGGCAGAGGCGGAGAAGAUCCGCCAGUACAGCGAGCACCGGCACUCGUACCCCAGCUCGCACCCAGGGGAGCAGCACGACAGCAUGGGCGGGCGGAAACCCUCCAUCCUGGAGCCUCUGACCCGUCCUCGCCCCAGAGACCUGGCCUACUCCCAGCUCUCGCCCCAGUACCACAACCUGAGCUACACCUCCAGCCCAGAGUACACCUGCAAACCAUCGCACAGCAUCUGGGAGCGCUUCAAACUCAACCGCAAGCGGCACAAAGACGAGGAGGAGUACAUGGCAGCCGGCCAUGCCCUACGCAAAAAGGUCCAGUUUGCCAAAGACGAGGAUCUUCACGACAUCUUAGACUACUGGAAGGGCGUCUCUGCCCAGCAAAAGUCCUGAGUCCUCACACAACUCAUGACUUAACACACUAACUGGACCAAAAGAAAUCCGCAGCAGCUAUUUUUAUUCAGACUGUCUUUGAAACAAAAUAAAAUUUAAAAAAAAAAAAAAAAAGAGAAUCAAUAAAAAAUUAAAAGAGAGAACAAAUAAUGAAAAAUCUAUAAAUAUUCUAUAUAAUAUAUACAGUGAGAUAUUAAAAUGUCCUCACGUUGGUGAGACGUGCACCAAAUUUGAACACAAACUUUGCAAACAAACAAACUGUGGAGUGGGGGAAAAAAAAAGUUUUGUUUAAUUUUGAUUUUUUAAAAAAAAUAUAAGAAAAAAGAAAAAAUUGAAUAUAAAAUGGAAAUGAAAGAGCGGGCAGAGAGCUGAGGUCUGGCGUUUUCCAAUAUUGCAUUGCAUGAGUCCCUAUUCCGUGAUUUUGUGGAUUCUUUGUGAACAGUUUGUAUUCUUCCUUCCUUCCCUUCCAAAAUCAACAGCGACAAAAACAGCAACAAAAACCAAAAAGAGACCGGAAGGAGCUCCAUCUUUUGGGCUGUUUUUGCAAACGGAGUCUUCCAGUUUAGACUUUUACCCGGUUGAAGGCCCGUUCACAUUUUCACUCACUAAGAGGUUUUGCCACACAUUGCAUUGUAAACCGAAGUCGUUAAUUGUACAGAGAAAAUUUCUAUAUUUGCAAUGUUUGCUGUAUAAUGAGAAAGAGAGAGGAGAAAAAAACAAUACUACAUCUACUAAAAAAAAUAUAUAUAUAUAUCUAUAUUCA